CCCGGUCCCCUCUCAGACGGCCCAAGAAGUUUUCCAAACGGAUAUGUAGCCAUAUUUUGGCCCAACUUCUUGUAACCUCACGUUGGUGGGUCUGACAAUCAAGCCAGGAGAUAUUGCAGUGGCAUCUGGGUUGAUCUCGCAGUAAUGUCGGUCUUGAUGUACAUGUGCGCGUUCGUUGUUGUGGACGUUGCCUCUUCCGUCAUCACUUGCUCCGACCCCGGACCACUGUCAAUGAAAGUCGGAGAAGAGCAGUCACUAGAGAGCACGUGCAUUCUCCCAGAGGAGUGCAGGUGGGGAGCCACAGGGGUCACGUCAACUCCUCCGCUGCCCUCAUACUCUGAGCCAGGGGUACCAAUCGUCGGACGAACAGUCAUUGACUUUGGUCUGAGCAACGUCACGGUGAGGUACACAUUUCGUGGUUUCGACAACAUGUUGGGCGGAAAGGAUAGCCUCAUAGAGCAUUUUCUGUGGACGGUGUCUUGCUCGGCGAACAAUUCAAACAUCACGGAUGCUCAUGUCAUGAAUUUCACCGUGCAAAUGGGUCGUUCGGACGAUGGGAUGUUUGCUUUGGAACCACCAGCAGAGAUUCCAGUCGAUUGCCUUGUUGAAGGGAGCGAGACGCUUGUUCCAAUGAUCUUCACAGCCCCAGACGCCUCAGCCUCUUAUCGAGCACUCAUAGGCGGCUGGAAGGAAGGCGAUGAGUUGCCUUGGGUCUUCUCGCGCCCCGCGGAAGUAAUGCAGUUCACUGAGUGGAGCACGCAUGAGUGGGAUGCAGGAUCGCAGCCCAUCCUCAAAGGCAUCGAGGCUGAGCCUGACGGUCGUUCCCUCAAGCUCCUUUUCAAGCCAAACGGUGGGGCCAGCUAUGGCGAGUCAUGGAAAGUGUGCAUGUAUCCUGGUGACGGCUUCAACUGGUUCCCAAAGAUUUGCACUGGCCAAUUCGUUGUGCGGAGUGGCCCUGAAGAAUGCGAUGCAACGCCGACGACGAUUAGCGGCGGCACGUUGUCUUUUCCGAGCCUCGCAAGCUUAGUUUUCGGAUUCGCGUCCUGUCACAUUGUUCGUCUUUAGUGAGCGCAUUGGAUGUACAGGUUCAGGACAUCGGUCGCUGGCGGGAAGCACAUCCUGGUGGGCACUCCUUUCUGCGCUGUGCUUUACAUCGGUCGUGCAUGUUGCUUGCACGCCUGUUACAGAUACAACGAUUUCCAACUCUGGGUGUCGGGCUUUGGCGUUGAUAGGGCACGCUUUCAGUGAAGUUCACGCAGAAGCCGGGAACUAGUGCUAUUGGAAUUCGCGCCCGCCCGCAGCAGUUUGCGUAUGAGUUCAAAAGAAGUUCUCCAAACGGACCA